AGUGGCAUGGGCCAAUUAAUGUGAGUUUAGAGUUUAUGUAAAGCAAUGAGUGUUGUUUGAGGGUGCCAAUAUUUUCUCCCUUGACACACUGUUUAACCCGCAAACUCUCCGACCCAGCUUGGUGUAGUUUCCCUAAUGACCAGCAGGUGGCGCGCAUGCGCAGAUUUUGUGUGUGUGUGUGUGCGCGCGCGCGCGCGUGUGUGUUAUUACACUCCUGUCCGUUGCAUUUGGUAACAAAAACGCACACGCUUCUGCCUCUCUGCUGCUGUAACGUUUUAUCCUCAGACUUUUUCAUCAGGACUCUAUGAAUAUCACCUGUUUAUCAGGUGUGUAGGAGAGUGUGUGGUGUGUGUCUACAGUAUUUCUGAGAGGAUUUGUGCACAGAGAUCAGAAAUCACGACUUUUAGAGGAGAAAGAAGAAAUAAAACGACAUCCUUGGAGCGACUGGAGAAGAUUUUGCAUGCUGUUUUCUUUAUGUGCUGUGCCAUGGAGGUGUGAGUGAUCACGAAUGCUGCCAUGACACAGACUGGGAUUGACAAAUCUCACCUGCCGCACGUCUACGACCUGUGCCAGUGUUUCUCGGCGCUGGAAGACGGAGCUCUGGCUCACAGACUUCAGGAGCAGGAGAUCGAGCAGUUCUACAGCUCCAACGUGCAGAAGAACCAGGCGGUGCAGAAUGACGUGCGCUUGGCUCGGAGGCUGCAGGACGAGGAGGAGGAGAGGGACCGUCUCACACACCGGCUCCAGCAGCUGGAGGAGCAGGACUGCGAGUACGCAAGGGUGAUUCAGGAAGAACUGCGGCGAUGCGACGAAGAAGCUCAAAAGAGGGAGAAAGAGGAUGAGGAGAUGGCCAAGCGGCUGCAGGAGGAGGAAGAAUUGAAGAUUAGACAGGAGAGAGCCGAGGCUGGUUACCAUGAGGGCAGUGGAGACUCACCGCUCAGCCAGGGGUUAGGGCUGUGGGAGCAGAUGAUGCGGGAUGCUGAACUGGCUUGUAGACUGCAGGAGGAGGAGGACAAACAGCCUCACAGGAGGAGCACCGAAACUGAAGUGGACUUCCGUACGGUACAAGUGGCCCAAGAUGAGGAACUCGCUCGCUACAUGCAGCGACAAGAGAAGAAGAGCAACAGGAGGUCACGUGACCUGCUUGCUCUGGAGAGGUCACAUGAUCCAAGAUGCACAGGCAGAAAAGUGCCGAGAGAGAGACUGAACUCUGAGGGCCUGCACUCACCUGUGGAAGAGGAGCAAUCCCCGGAUCAGUGCCCACUAAUCCCCACAUGCACUACUCUACACACACACCCCUUCCACAACAUCGCAGAAGAACUGGACCCGACGUUCACCGGCAGGAAACGGGAAAGCCGGAUCUCGACCAGCCCGUCGCCAGGACUCUGCCUGGCUCCUCGCACACCGCACAGCGUUUUCUACGACUACCUUCCAGAACCUUCUGUUAUCCCGCCGAGCAGACGCCACGCCGACAAAACAGGACGCCACAAACCCAAAGAGAAACGGGAAAGCUGUAAGCAGCAGUAAAGGGAUAGGUGUUUCUUUAAAUGUGCACUGCCUGAUUGAUAAUUAAGGAACAAAACACAACAGUGUGGUGCGGCGAAGAUGAUGAUGAUGAAGCAUGGUUACUGUUACCAACCUAAAGUUGAUUAUUUUAAUAGAACAGCACACCCUGAAGUGUUUUAUUCCUCUUACACCACAGCAACUUGCCACCGAUUACAAGUUUUCAUUAAUUAAAUAAUGACGUCGUACAUUUUGUCAGUUUAUAGUUAUGUUUAAUGCCGUGGUGUUAGUUCCUGUUCUUGCUUAUGUUACAGCAGUUAUAAAUAGUCAUUCCCUCACCUGCCUCUCUUUAAUAAUAACUGCAAAGCUGUUUUUCCUAUGAUUUCGCUCUGACUGUUACAAAGCACAGACACUGGAGACUCCUUCCAUUUCUAGUCCAUUUAUGUUGAGCAUCCAUGCCUCUGAAUAUAGUCCCUGUAAAAGCUGCAGCUACACAAAAUUAAUCCACUCUUCGCUGUGGUAUAAAACACUACAAUAGAGACCUAAUAAACCUAUAGUACGUUAAGUAUCCAAAAAUCUGAGUCCACUGCCAAGAACCCUGCUGUUAUAGAGUAUACAGCCAAAAGUAUGUGGACACCUGAGUAUUGAAUCUCUCAUUCCAAAUCUGCAGGCAUUAAUAUAGAAUGGUUCUCCACUUUGCUGUUAUAACGUUCUCCACAAUUUUGGGAAGGCUUUCCAUCUUUACUCAGUGAUAGGGCUGGGCGAUAGGACAAAAAUAUCAUAUCACGGUACAUGAUGCAUUUCAUGAUGUAUAAUUUAGUUAACAAACAGUUAACUAAAACAGUAGGAAAAUUAUACAACAAAAAAAUUGAGGGUUUUAACUGGUGAUUAUUAUUACUUAAAUUAUAACAAAAACUAAGAAACAAGUGGCUUUUGGUAAUAUUACUGAUUUUAGUAAUAAGUCAAAAUGCGAUUGAUUUAAAAGUUCAAUCAGAAUCCAUAAUUAAUAGUUUGUCCAUGGAGCCAGACUUCCACAGUAUAACACACCCUUUUUCCAUUUAACUUCACUAUCAAUUACCAGGAAUUUCUAUUGUCAUUCUUGUUUAUUUGUUUUGAAAAACGUAAUUCAUGCGUUAAAUGCAGCAGUUCUGGAUAUACAGGUUAGGAGUUAUCAGUGUUUCGGACACUGAUAUAAUCUGGUGUUGCAGAUAUGACCAGCCGUGUUUCAGUUUCAUUGCUAUGAAAAUUGAUGAAUAAACAGAACUCACGUUAGUGCGUGCACAAAAAUAUUAAAUUGGUCCGACAAGCGUACCGACCCUUGUGGUACACCAGAGAGCAACUGUGGGGAAGGCAUUUCAACGGGGUAGCAGGUGAGAUGGAAAAUACCAAAAAAAUAAAUAUUUAAAUUACCGUUUAUAAGUGUAACCUUUACAUAUUUUGCGUAGGAGCACUUGACACAUGAGAGCAUUCGGGACUUAAAUGUGUUGAUGUGAUACAGCGUUCUCAUUUUCUGUCAUGGCAAAUGGAGAUUUUUUUUUUGUUAAGUCAUGUGAAAUGAAGUCUAUCAGUGUGUAUCAGCCUUAACUAGCAUUAAAUAAUUAAUAUCACAUCAGUUAACGCUACUAAUUAUUACGGAUGUCACCGAAAUAUUUAUGGGACGAUUGUGAGUAAGGUUUCGUAUUGUUUUUGAUAUCGGUUGAAAUAUCUUGGAAAUAUAUAUAUUUUUUCAAAUAAAACAGCGUAUUUGGACUCAGAUUUUUGAGGCAUAUAGUACAUUUAUAUGAAAGACUAUUGAUGUAUUUGGGAUUUUUUUUCCUUGUUAAGUUAUACAGCUACUUCCUUGGUGUAUUUUGUGCAACCCAUCCAAUUUUUAUUUUAUUUUUUAAUUCACUUGACGAGCUUGCACUGUACACUUAGUACUUAGAGAUUAAACUUCACUUUUAGAUCAUGUAAUAGGUGUAACAAAGCGCUGAAUAAAUGGUAUUUUAAAGGACAAUAAUAACCUGUGACUGACGCAAGUCUCUGAAUGAAUCGAUGAGGAUGAUGUUCAGCUAUGUGUGUGCACCCUGUUUCUAAUCACAUGCAGGGGAAUUCUUGUCACGUUGGAUUGUUUAGGUGUCAAGCUGUGUCAGAAUUGUCGAUCUGCUUAGCUACGGCAUCACUCCACCCACACACCCGCACACACACUUCACCUUG